AUGGCGGCCAGGCCGGCAGCCGGGACUCCGCGCGUCCUGUCCCGUCCCGACCCCGCAGAGCGACCUCGGCCCUGGCCGGAGCCCUCUCUGGGCAGCUUCGCGCCGCAGCCACGCGUCUCCCCCAGAUUGUGCGGUGAGGACGGGAGCGUCUCAGGGGAGACCCAGGUUCGGUGUCCCAGCCUGCUCACCCCAACCAUGGAAGGAGCCCUUUAUACUGAGAAGCUACAGAGCUCUGGAAAGCUGAAAGCUGAAAAUCCACAGAAAGAGGCAUUUGGGGUUGGGAUGGAAGGAGGUGUUCCCAAGGUCACCCCACAGGUGCCUGAGUCCAGCACCUAUUGGAACUCAGAUGUCCAUGAGCUCAAGACCAUGGCUGUAGACCUGGCUGUUGGACUGUUUUCAUUCAGGGAUGUGGCCGUAGAAUUCUCUCUGGAGGAGUGGGAACACCUGGAACCAGCUCAGAAGAAUUUGUAUCAGGAUGUGAUGUUAGAAAACUACAGAAACCUGGUCUCUCUGGGUCUUGUUGUCUCUAAGCCGGACCUGAUCACCUUUUUGGAGCAAAGGAAAGAGUCUUGGAAUGUGAAGAGUGAGGAGACAGUAGCCAUCCAGCCAGAUGUGUUUUCACAUUAUAACAAGGACCUGUUGACAGAGCACUGCACAGAAGCUUCAUUCCAAAAAGUGAUAUCAAGGAGACAUGGGAACUGUGAUCGUGAGAAUUUACAUUUAAGAAAAAGGUGGAAAAGGGAGGAGUGUGAAGGGCACAAUGGAUGUUAUGAUGAAAAGACUUUUAAAUAUGAUCAAUUUGAUGAGUCCUCUGUUGAAAGUUUGUUUCACCGGCAAAUACUUUCUUCUUGUGCCAAAAGCUAUAACUUUGAUCAAUAUAGGAAGGUCUUUACUCAUUCAUCAUUGCUUAAUCAACAAGAGGAAAUAGAUAUUUGGGGAAAACAUCACAUAUAUGAUAAAAUUUCAGUGUUCUUUAGGCAGGGCUCUACUCUAAAUAGUUACCGAGAUGUUUUCAUUGAAGAGAAAAAUUAUCGUUGCAAUAAUUCUGAAAAAGCUUUGAACCAAAGCUCAAGCCCUAAAAAUCAUCAGGAAAAUUAUUUUCUAGAAAAGGAAUACAAAUGUAAAGAAUUUGAGAAAGUCUUUCUUCAGAAUAUGCAUGGGCAAAAGAAGCAAGAACAGUCUUACAAAUGUAAUAAAUGUGUAGAAGUUUGUACCCAGUCAUUAAAACAUAUUCAACAUCAGACCAUCCAUAUCAGAGAAAACUCAUAUAGAUGUAAUAAAUAUGAUAAAGACCUUAGUCAGUCAUCAAAUCUUAGAAAGCAGAUAAUCCAUAACGAAGAGAAACCAUACAGAUGUGGAAAAUGUGGGGAUAGCUUUAACCAUAGUUUGCAUCUUACUCAACAUCAGAUCAUUCCUACUGAAGAGAAACCUUAUAAAUGGAAAGAAUGUGGCAAAGUCUUUAACCUUAACUGCAGUUUAUACCUUACUAAACAGCAGCAAAUUGAUACUGGAGAAAACCUUUACAAAUGUAAAGCAUGUAGCAAAUCUUUUACUCGUUCCUCCAAUCUUAUUGUGCAUCAGAGAAUUCACACUGGAGAGAAACCAUACAAAUGUAAAGAAUGUGGCAAAGCCUUUCGCUGUAGUUCAUACCUUACUAAACAUAAGCGAAUUCAUACUGGAGAGAAACCUUAUAAAUGUAAAGAAUGUGGAAAAGCUUUUAACCGUAGUUCAUGCCUUACUCAACAUCAGACAACUCAUACGGGAGAAAAACUUUACAAAUGUAAAGUAUGUAGCAAAUCUUAUGCUCGUUCUUCAAAUCUUAUUAUGCAUCAGAGAGUUCAUACUGGAGAGAAGCCUUAUAAAUGUAAAGAAUGUGGCAAAGUCUUUAGCCGUAGUUCUUGCCUUACUCAGCAUCGGAAAAUUCAUACUGGAGAAAAUCUUUACAAAUGUAAAGUAUGUGCCAAACCUUUUACUUGUUUCUCAAAUCUUAUUGUGCAUGAGAGAAUUCAUACUGGAGAGAAACCCUAUAAAUGUAAAGAAUGUGGCAAAGCCUUUCCUUAUAGUUCACACCUUAUUCGACAUCAUCGAAUUCAUACUGGAGAAAAACCAUACAAAUGUAAAGCAUGUAGCAAAUCUUUUAGUGACUCCUCAGGUCUUACUGUGCAUCGGCGAACUCAUACUGGAGAGAAACCCUAUGUGUGUAAAGAAUGUGGCAAAGCCGUUGGUUACAGUUCAGAUGUUAUUCAGCAUCGGAGAAUUCAUACUGGCCAGAGACCCUACAAAUGUGAAGAAUGUGGCAAAGCCUUCAACUCUAGGUCAUACCUCACUACACAUCAGAGAAGUCAUACUGGAGAGAGACCCUACAAAUGUGAAGAAUGUGGCAAAGCCUUCAGCUAUAGGUCAUACCUCACUACACAUCGGAGAAGUCAUACUGGAGAGAGACCCUACAAAUGUGAAGAAUGUGGUAAAGCCUUCAGCUAUAGGUCAUACCUCACUACACAUCGGAGAAGUCAUACUGGAGAGAGACCCUACAAAUGUGAAGAAUGUGGCAAAGCCUUUAACUCUAGGUCAUACCUCAUUACACAUCAGAGAAGUCAUACUAGAAAAAAAACUUUAAAAAUGUAA